AUGAACAAUAUGUUGGAUAGUUUAAAUCUAGAAAAUAUAGCCAAUGUUAAAAUAAAGGCAUAUAAAAAUACUAAUAUUUAUAAUGAUAUACAAACAAAUGGCGAAAAUCAAGAAGAUAACUAUUAUGAUGUAUAUAUAUUAACUUAUAUAAAACAUAUCGUUAGAAUAAAAGCAAAUUUAGCUUUACAUGGAGGGUUAUAUAGUAAUUAUUUUGAGAAAUAUGAAGAAGAGUCUAUUUCAAAUAUUAUGUUUAACAAUUUAUUAAGCAAAGAUGAAAAAAAAAAAAAAGAAGUUACAGAUAAAAAGGAUGCUAAUUCUGAUGUAUCUCCAAAAAGUGAAGCAAAAAACGACUUAAAUUUCAAUAUUAAAGAAUUGCUAAAUAAAUUAAUUAAAUCUUAUAAAAUUCGAGAAAACAAAAUUUUUUUAAUAACAGGCAUGUUAGGGUGUGGAAAAACAACUUGUGUAAAUUUAGCAAUUGAAUAUUUCAAUAAAUUUUUACAAAUUGAAAAAAAUAUAAAAGAUAAAAAUCAAGCUAAAAAAAAUGUCUUAUUUAUAUCAGAUCAAGAACAUUCAUGGAAUAAAAAAAUAUAUAAAAAAACACCAUAUACAACUAAAAAUUACCAAAAUGAUUAUUCAACAAGUUAUGAAACUGGUUCUUCUUUAUCAUCCCCUAAAAAAAUUAAAAUAAAUUUUGAUGAACCAUUAUUUAAUUUUACACCUAAAAAAAAAAAAAAUCAAAAAAAUGAAACACUAUACAAUAAACAAGAAAGAUUAAAAAAUGCAAAAUUAAAACAAAAAUAUUCUGAGAAUAAUAACACUAAUUUACUUAAUCAAAAUAUCGAACAAAUUAAUGAUAACAUUAAAAAUUUAUUUGAAAAUAAUGAUUUAUCUCCUUUAAGAAAGAAUACUAAUAUAAGAAAUAAAAUUCAAUUUGAAGAAAUGUUUAAAGAACACACUAAAGAUAAUGAAAAUAAUACAGACACAAAUAAUAGUCAUAAUUCUGAUGAAUAUGAAUGGAAUACUAACGAAUAUGAAAAUGAAGAUAACGAAAAUGAUUCAGGGUUUAAUCGAAAGUAUCGAAAAAUUGUUGACGAAAUUCAAAAAGAAGAAAAAGAAGAAAGGUUUUUAUAUAUUAUUCGAAUUAGUGCAUAUUUAUAUAAAGAUGAUUUGCAAUGUAUCAAAUCUAUAUAUUCACAAUUAUACAAUUAUAUAGAAACAGAUGAAAAAAUGCCAACAAAUUUAUUAUUAAACGAUUAUAUUAUAAGGUUAGAAGAAUUAUUAGUAAAAAUAAAUGAUGAAAAAAAACAAACAAUAUUAAUUAUUGAAAAUGUAGAAAAAUUUUGUUUACAAAAUAAACAAAAUCUAUUAUACACACUUUUCGAUCUUUUACAUAAAAAAAGUAUAUGUAUUAAUAUAAUUUGUUUAACUAAUGUUCUUGAUAUAACUCAAACAUUAGAAAAAAGAAUAAAAUCGAGAUUUACAUUUGAAAUGAUAUAUAUAUCUCCUAUUUUAAAUAUUGAAGAAAUUACAAAAUUAGUUUAUAAAGUUUUAUAUGUUAAUUUAGAUGAUUUUCAUCUUAUAAAAAAAUAUUAUUCAGUUUAUUUUUCAUAUUCUGAUCUAAUUAAAAUUCAAAAAUUUCUUCAAAUUUAUAAUUCUACUAUACAAAAAGAAAUAGCUAAUACUAAGCUCUUAAAUCAAUGGUCCUAUGAUAUUAAUUAUGGCCUUGAUAUUAGACAUAUAUAUCACACAUGUGUUGAUGCUAUUUUAUCUAUAUGUGAAUAUAAACAUAUUUUAAAUGGUAAUCUAAAUGUGUUUGAAAAUAAUACUAUUUUAGAUCCAACUCCUUUAAAAAAAAUGUUAUCAAAUAAUUCAAAAUCCAACAAUAAUCAAAACAAUUAUUUUAUUCAUGACCAAGAAAAAGAUAAUGAUUUUUUUUAUCGUGAACAAGCAAAUGAUAAUACAAAUUUUGAAAAUAUAAAUUCAGAAAAAUUGGGAUUUUUUUCAAAACAUAAAAAAAGUAAUCUUGAAUAUUUAAAAGAAAGACCAUGUAAAUUGGAUUGCACACCAAUUAAACGAAAUUUUAAUGAUUAUGAAAAAUUUGAUGAUAAUGAAAAUAUAGAAAAUCAUGAAAAUAACUUUCAUUUCAAUAUGGAUUUAGACAUGAGCCCACGCAAACUUAAAGAAAAUAUAAAAUUAAAAAAUAAUGUUGAAAGUUAUUAUAUACUAAAUAAUGUACAAUCAAAGUUUAUUAGAAGACAUUAUAUUAAAAAAGUUUUACGAGAUUUAUGCUCAAUCGAGUAUAUGAUUUUGUGUGCAUUUACCCGAUUAUAUAAAAAAGAAAUAUUACCAAAAACUUUAUAUGUAAUUAUAUUAGAAAUUAACAAAUUUAAACAAGCAUAUCCACAAGAACAAAUUGUUGGUUUUUCUUUGGAUGCAUAUAGAAGAUCUUUUUUUAGGCUUGUCGAUUUAGAUAUUAUUAUUUUAUCAUCUUAUUCAUUAAAUCAUUUAAAUAUAAAAAAUUUUAGUAACGAUUCCUUUGGAUUACAUGAACCUACUAAAUUUCCAUGCUACGAUAUAUUUUUAGAAAAUAUCGAAACAUAUAAUUUAAACCACAAUUUGAUUCAAUGGGUUAAGCACACAACUGAAGUUAUGCAAUAA